AUGUCGUGCGCCAUCGGUAGCAUGGUGUGGGCGCAGGACACGUCACAGGCGUGGCAUUUAGCCACUGUACAAGACACGCUAACGCCGGGACCAAUCCUGGUGCUGAACUGGAGCCAUAACAAUCUGUGCGCGGAUGUGGCUUCCGCAUCGAGUAGUUUUCAAGCGAGCGGAUGUCAGAGGCCGUUGAAUCAGGCCUGGCCCAACAUGGGUGGCCGGAAUCUGCAGAUCAGCUGUCUUACAAUCGCUGGUGGUGAUUCCUCCGAAAGGGACCGCAACAGCGACGACAGCGAUAGUCUGCUUGCGUUGGACGAAGGGGCGAUAGUCGGAUUUGUACUCGUCGUUGCUGCGUUCAUGUUCCUGGUCGGCAUCUACUAUGUCAACAAGAACCACCCAGACGCGCUCGCGCGCUACAUGCCUUCGAGCCCACUUUCAGGCGGCACUGAUGAUGGCCCUGCCGGGUUCAGAUGGGUCACGACUCCAAAGCGCGCUAUAGUUAACAUGUUCUCGCCAAAAGGUCGGCGUCCGGCACCAAAGCGCGACGAACCUCCGCGCGACUCGAAGUCCACACUUCUCAGUACCAGCGGUGAGGGCAAGCCGCGACCAAUCGCAAAUACUAGCCAUGAUAAAGUAGCACCCGAACAAGCACGGUCGGGCUCAGGGAGUGUCGUUCUUGCAGUCGAUGAUGGGACAAGCCGUAGCGGAUCCAAGAAUCGCACCCAAGCAUCACAAAAUGCGCAAGGUGGAGUGCCAAGCUUUGGCACAGGAGCAGAGGAGGAUGCAGACGAUAGUGCAAGUGCGCGUGGAGCGAAGCGCAGUGGUUCGCAAAUCAAUGGCGCAGGUGAACGCGUAUACAAAAUGUCCGACGCUGAGCGGGCAAAAUUGGAGUCCUACGUCGCAAGUAACUUGGGGCCGUUGAAAAGUCAUGUAGACACGACUCCAAGGAGGAGUCGAGACGUCUCUCCGAGAACGGGCAGCGUCACUCCGCCAAGAGCGGCAGGAAACGUGACGCCCCCACGAGUGCCAUCGCGAAAUACCACCCCCCGGACAACUCCCAGAAAGACAACACCGCGAACUACCACCUUGACCUUGGAUACAUCCGAUGCCACUCUAAGCCACGCACCAGCAUAAACGUACAGCGAGCAUUGAAGCACGACAUGGAUGGUUUUUGGCUUCUUCCAAGAAAAAUAGGAAACCAGAAAACCAUUAAGGAGGUAGACGUGGAGUGUGGCGGAGAAGCGCAGCUGUCAUGCUUUCUCUCCAAGAACAGCGUGCUUCUGCAAGCGAAUUCGGAGGGUAGUACUCGGUGGUGUAUGUCGUGUUAUACUCGUAAAAGAAUGCUACUUCUAGCUAGGAGCAUGAGUAAGAGUAUUAUUAACAUCAUAUUUAUUCGUACUAGGAUUACUUCAUCAUAGUACUGCUGUUGUUUUAUGGCAUAAUAUCUGAAGUUGAUUCCGCGUACUCGUAAAUUUGCUUUUUACAACCUAGAUCUACGACUACAACUACACACUACUAGGCUACUACUACCUACUACAUCAGCGGUUCUUUGAGUUCUCUCCGAGUGUAAAUGGUGAAAAAUAAGGAAAUGAUUCGGAAGUGUGAUUUUUGUUCCAUCUUUUCAGCAACCACUGGUUCAUCAGCUUACCGCUCGUUGAGGGUACUUGUAAAGCUACAAGUUGGUGUAAUAGUAGGCACCUUCAGCAGAGGAGUGCAUGAAUUUGAAUAGAUUCAUUGCAUAAUGUGUAUUUAUAGUCAUCGUCGCAGUUGUGAAUUCUUUAUUCAGAAAAGCGCGCUUCCUCUUGAGUCGCAAAAGAAGAAGAGAUGUCGUAGCAU